AUGGUCGGAGCGGUGUCUGAAGAGCGUGUUAAACCUACAGUAAAAAAGGAUUCUCUAUCCUAUUCCUGGCUCGUCAAAGUGGCCAAAGAACAUGCAUUAACUCUCAAUUUGAAACAAGAAGAGAAGCAGCAGCAAAUAUCGCAGUCAACCAGAUGUAAUAGUGAUGCUAGUGUUAAGGAACACACACAGCCCGAAUCACCGGAUGAGACAAGACAACAGUCUGCUGUUGAAUGUACGACGGAUCAGAAUACAUAUUUUGAAAGUGUAAAACCAAACAAUAUUAAAAAACAUCAAACUGUUGAUAGUACUUCACAACAUGAUCAGCAAACGCCAGAACAAACUAAAUGCAAUACAGAGAUUUCUCUGGCGUCUGAUGUUGCUAAUUCCUCCAUUAAAGAAACACAAUAUGAAGAAUACUCUCAAGUAUCUCCUAUGUCCUUUUUCGAUCAUUCCUCAUCAUCAAACAAUAUUUAUCCGCAAAAACACGAGGGUUCUUUUACAGAAAAAAAGCGAAAACAAAAUGGUAAUAAAAGGCAACAUAAUAUUCUGAACAUUCAUUCAUGUCCGACGAUGUUUGAAGAUCAAGAUCGAUUAUGGGAAGGCAUGCUACCAUCAACAAAGCAAAUUUCGCAAAAUAUGCCUCAGGCAAAUUAUUAUCAUUCUACUUCACGAACGAUCUUAGUACGUCCACUAGACAAACAACAUUCGAACAUGGAGAACGGUGGUGUUAGAGAUGUUUUAUUUAAUUCAAACAAUGGGAAUCAACAAUCGCAUAAUUCUCAUAAUCCCAAUAACUAUCAAAAAUCGACAAGAAAAAAUAUUAUAUUGAAUGGGAAAACUCAUGUGCAACAAUCAUCUAAUUUUUAUGAUGAUAAUCGUCAACGUCAGGAUUACUCACAGCAGCCGCCAUCUCGAGCAGUUUUAUCAAAUGAAAAACACUUAAGAUCACCGCGAAAAAAUGCUCAAAUAACAGCGAAUGAAAGCAAUGAAAGAACGUUUUUUAGUACUCCUCCACUAUCGCUACACGAUGAAAAAUCUCAUUAUACUUUUGAAAAAGUACCGCAAUUUUAUCAGAAUCGUUUUCCAAAACAUCCAUCAAGUAAUAUCAACCAAGAUGAUAUUAACAGUUUACAAUAUUUGAUUGAAUCAGAUGUUAAAGUAGAAGAAAUACCUGUCAAUCAUCACUCUCAACCACCGAAAACUCGAACAACAUCGACAUCAUCGGGUUCAGGAGAUGAAGAGCGCUUUACUAACGAUUCAAUUGUAUUUACAAAUAGUUCAUACAAUGAAGAUCAUAGUGAAAAAAACGAACGAACAGACAUACUUAAUUCAUCGUCAUCGUCCCCACAUCAAAUUAGUUUCGAGAAAAACCAAACGAAUGAGCAUCAAGUACAACAGUUUCAAAGUUUCGAUUCAAAAUCAAAACCUCAAGAAAAAGGGAUUCCAGUAAUGACAGUACAAACGGACGUUGUUGUUCAAUCAUCUUCUCAGAAAAAGCCAUCACGAGCACCAGCAGAUAUUGAAUGGAGGCAAGCGUCAGAUCAUUGUCAACAACAACAACAACAACGACUUUCUCAUUUAUCGUUGUACAAUCAAGAUCCAUUACCACGUUUUGAACGUUCACCGAUAGAGAAAAAAGAACAUGAUCUGGUACAGCAUCAUCAACAAGAUAUUUUACCAAAAACUUACACUCGUUUACCUCAUUCUUUGCGUCUUCAAGACAAAAGAUAUCAAACACAAACAGCAACAUCUCAGAAACAAAUUCAACCAUUAUUUCAAAUAAAUAAAUCUCAAACAAACAGUAGUCAAACUGGAUCAGUUUUUUCUAAAUAUUCUACGAAAAAUAAUCAUAAUCACAUUAAUCAUUCUACGUCAAAUCAUUCACAACAAACCAAAGAUUGUCAGCCAAAAUUUGAUCAUUCCGAACAUCAGGAAAAUAGCAGACCGCCACGUUUUAGAGAGCCAGGCUGUUGUGAUGAACCCUCAUCAUCUCCAAAUGACUUCUCAGAUUCAACUGGAAAUGAUGGGGUAUUGCGUACGUGUAAUGAGCAACGAGAUGGAAUGAAAAUAUCCAUAAAACAGAAAAUGAUUGAGAUUGAAGAACGAAUGAAAAAGAAUGGAUUAAUAUCGUCUCUAGUCGAUACUCAUUGUCAUUUUGAUUUAUUAUUUGAUCGUUUGUCAAUAAAUAAGAUAACUGUCACCGAUUAUUUUGAUAAAGAAUAUAAAGAUCUUUAUCCAUCAAAUUUAAAAUUCGAAAAAGCCAUUCAAGUUUAUUGGCGACCAAAUCACUUAACUCGAGAUAAUUGGGAUCAUUAUUCGAAGUAUUUGGACGAUUCUCGUGUAUAUGGAACAUGCGGUGUUCAUCCCCAUUGGAGUAAUAAAUGGCAGCCAUCAUGCGCUGAUGAUAUUGAACGAUGUUUAAAACAUCCAAAAGUCCUUGGAAUCGGCGAAUGUGGUCUCGAUUUUGGUCCAAAAAAUAAUUGUGACGAAAAAGACCAGCGACGAGCUUUUAUUGCUCAAUUGCAGAUAGCUGCAAAAUUUUCAAAACCAUUAGUAAUUCACUCACGUGGAGCAUACGAAUUAACAUUUAAUUUAAUGAAAAAAUAUUUACCAAAAAAUCAUAAAAUUCAUUUACAUUGUUUUUGUGGACGACUCGAAGAUGCCAAUAUGUUUAUAAAUUAUUUUACAGAAUUAAAAUUGGGUUUUACACCAUUGAUAUCGACAAAUCGUGGUGCCGAUAUUCGUGCUGUUAUCAAAGAUUUAGAUCUUAACAGGCUAUUAAGCGAAACAGAUUCUCCAUAUUUUGUGCCAGAAGAAUUGUCUGGCAUCAAAUAUGCUCAUCCAAUAUUUGUUUACAAUGUAAUUGAAGUGAUCGCUCAGGAAAAACAAUUAUCAAUAGAGGAUGUAGCUCAACAAUUGAGGGAAAAUGUCCGUGUUGUAUAUGGCAUUUAA